CAUAGCAGGCUUCUGGUUAACCAGUUAUUUUUUCUAAUAAAAUCUAGCAGUGACUUAAGGCUGAACUGAAAACUCAAUCAAUUUAUGAUUAUCUUGAUCUUCCGCAGAGGCGCACACGAAACAUGUGUGUUAUCAAUGACGUAGAAAGUCAUCCAUACACAUCGAGGAUUCCAAAUUUGUCAUUGAGUGACAUUGCUUCGGAUGAACUUAGUUGGGAACAGAAUGCGACAUCUCAAGUUAUAUGCAUCGAUACACCUAGUAGCAAAAUCAAGAUUCAAAAUCAAAGAGACGGAGUGAUUUUACCACAACACACAUCGUUUGGGGAAUCAGAGGUGUUCGAAGAACUUAGCUCAACCGGUGAAACUUCACACUUGAAUUAUUUCUUUGGAGAGGAAGUGUCUGGAAAAUUUAAUGAGGUUUUGAAACUGACGAAUAGCUUGCAAACUUUCGAUGUUAUGUUUAUGUUGCUGAACUUCUAUAUAAGACAUCAAUUGACCCAACAAGCAUUGGAAGAUCUACUGUCAAUGAUGAACAUCAUCGUCGGCAAGAAAAUUUUUCCAGAAACCUUUUCAAGUUUUACAUCUGCAUUUCCCGAUAAAUAUGACGCAACAAGGCUUUAUUUUUGUAAGAAUUGUCAAUCCAAUCUUGGAACUAAAAAACCUGUUAAAAAUUUCCGUUGCUUUAUGAAUCAAUGUUAUAGUCAAGAAUUUGACUACUUCAUAACAUUCCCGAUCGAAUGUCAAAUCCGUGAAACAGUCCAACGAGAUUAUCGAUAA